UCUUAUGUCAUUGAAUAUGAGAGCUAAUUUUGUUUGCGUGUCACAAUAAUAAGAUCAUCUCUGUUGUCAUUACCUGUUGAAAUCUAAUUAUCUGAUCUCGUCUAAUCAUGCAUAUCCAACAGACAAAGAAUCAUCGUCAUCAGUUGCUCCUCAAUCUAAAGAGAUCUUAUAUAUCCCCAAGAGAUUAUUGAUUGGCAAUGAAGAAUAAGUUCUCUUGCAUGACUGCUUCUGUAAUCUUGCGCGCUUUAUUGAAGAAGUCCUUAAUAAAUGAAACAAAACUUUUACUAGCAAUGGAGAUUCAAUUACAGAGACAGACUUUGAGUUUGAGCAUAUUUUGGUGGUCUUUUGAUACCUUGCAUUUUAUUUAUAUAUGUUCGAAUGGAAAUGGUAACCAGCUGAUUAGAGAUCCAAAGAUACGUGUUCGUGUCCUUGCAAGCGAGAAAGUUCGCUGGAGUUUGCUAACUGCUCGGUUGCGAUUGGCCAGAAAGAGUAAAUAUUGUCAGUUCUUCACUAGAUUUGGAAAGUGCAACAAGGAUGAUGUCAAGUGUCUAUGCAUCCAUGAUCCCUCUAAAGUAGUAGUCUGUACAAAAUUCCAGGCUGGUUCAUGCACCAAUGUCGACUGCAUAUCGACCCACAAGGUUAUCCCUGAGAGGAUGCAAGGUUGCUCAUAUUUUCUGAAAGGUUUGUGCUCCAAUGACAAUUGUCCUUAUAGACAUGUGCAUGUCAAUCCUGAUUCAAGUGUUUGUGAAAAUUUCCUCAGAGGCUAUUGUGCUGAUGGCAAUGAGUGCCAGAAGAAACACACCUAUACAUGUCCUGCUUUUGAACCAACCGGAGUGUCUCCUCAAGCAUCAACAUGCAAGCUACACCAUCCAAAAACGAAGACAGAAAAGAAACCAAGGAUUGAGCACAAAGUUGUAAGAGGGCGCUACUUUGAUGGUGGACUUAUUGGAGUUGAUGACUGGAGCUCAGCAUCAGCCGUAGAGAAGCUCUCCACGAGAGGUAAGGUUGACAUAGUUGUGUAUAAGGACAAUUCCCGGAUUAUAUUAGUUUAGAAGUCGGCGAUGAUGAAACGGUCCAAGGAUGUGAUGAAAUUCCGCCAGAUGCACAGAAAGAUCAUAGUGUCGUAUAGAUAUAGCGUGUCAUACAUAUAUAUAUAUUCGUCUCCAGCCAUUGGCAGCCGGAGAUGAACAUCAUAGAUGUAGAGGUACAGGCAAUGUUUAUGAUCUAUACUUU